AUGAACGAUUUUAUCGGAUCAAACAUAAGUAAAUGGUGGAAAACAAUAAAGAAGUUAAUUUGUGAAGUAGCCUCCCCUCCAUGGAGUCAGUACUUAAUGGGGCAAACCGGACAUACAACUCCGUUGGAAUUAGCGAAUGAAAUAAACACUUUCUUUUCGGAACUGACUAGAGAUUUCCAGCCUUUAGUUCAGCCUCUAGAUGUCCGGGAACUAUUCGUACCACCAAAUUUAAAAGCCACACCCCACCAAGUACAAACAAAGCUGAAUGCGGUAAACGGUAGGAAGGCUGUUGGCCCUGAUAAGCUUAAUAACAGAAUCCUAAAAGAGUUUUCCCAAGAGCUUAGCGUCGUUCUCGCAGAUAUUUACAACACCACGUUAACUCAAGCCUAUGUUCCUGACUUGUUAAAAGCGUCAACUAUUGUUCCAAUUCCCAAGAUACUACCGCCAAAAACAAUCGAAGAAGAUCUUAGACCCAUUAGCAUUACAUGUCAGAUAAGUAAAGUUUUUGAAAGUCUAACCUUAGAUAGAUUAAUGCCCGAAGUUGAACACCAUAUCGAUACUAAACAAUUUGCAAACAAAGGAAAAUCAACUAAGGACGCCCUAGUGAGUAUUCUACACAAUAUUCAUACUGCAUUAGAUAAUGGAGAUACAGCUGUUAGGAUUUUCUUUACUGACUUUACAAAAGUCUUCGACUUAAUUGACCAUAACAUUCUGCUCGCCAAACUUGCAAAACUCGGAGUAAGCGAUGUUCUAAUACGGUGGAUUGCAGCCUUUCUAACAAACCGUAAACAACGAGUAAGGGUAGAUGGAGUCCUUUCUGAGUGGAAAUAUCCUAAAGGAGGAAUUCCGCAAGGCACAAAGUUAGGCCCGUUAUUAUUUGUAAUAAUGGUUAACGACUUAGUUAAAAAUUGGCCAGGAAGAGCAAAGUUUGUUGACGAUUUAGUCGUAGUAGAAACAAUCCCGCGGAACUCAAUAAGUGUGAUGGAUUUGGUAGCAAGAGAAAUUCAACAGUAUUGCAUGGACCAUAAAAUGAAGUUGAACCCCAAGAAAUGCAAGGAGAUGUUUGUAAAUUUUAUGGCAAACCCGAAUAUAUUAAGUAGGGAUUUAGUCGUUAACGGUACCCAAAUAGAAUCCGUUGAUGUGUACAAAUUGUUAGGUGUUAUGCUCGGAAGUAAUCUUAAAUGGAAUACGCAGGUUGACGACAAAACAAAAAAGGCGUGUAAAAGGUUGUAUGCAUUAAGAGUACUAAAGAAGGCUGGAUUGCAGGAAAGGGAACUUGUUCUAGUGUAUAAGUCGAUGAUUCGACCUAUUCUAGAAUAUGCUGUUGAACCUGGUCUGAGUUCCCACAGUAUCUAAGUGACAAGUUGGAAAGAGUACAGAAAAGAGCUCUCUGGAUUAUAUAUCCUGGUAGUGACUAUGGCGAAGCAUUAAAGAUCUCUAAAUUGGAAAGUCUUAAAGACAGGAGAGUAGACUUAUGUAAGAAGUAUAUAAAUAAACUGUAA